CCCACAAGGCUCCUUUUUUUUUGAAGUAGUGACAACAUGUGAAUAAUUGACUGUACAAAUAUUUUCACCCCGACCCCUAAUUACUGGUACCGACUAGCCAGCUUCGUUGAAGAAAGUGUCUGCAGGCUUUUCAAAGAUGGAUGGGGAACAAAGAACAUGGUUGUAACUGGUCAAAUACCGUGGAUAGAGUACAGAUUCCAAGCCGUGUGCUUAAACUUGGUGUCCAGCUUCUUCUCCCAGUCAGUAGACAAAUUACUAUUGCCCUAUCAUUUUCCGGGAAGGAUUCUUAUUCCAUUCUUCCCUUUUCAUUACAUCUUUUAUGUGAGUGAUGGCUCAUCUCCACUGACUGAAAACAAUGUUCCGGCGACAGCAUCCACUCUCCAAGACAUUCAUGAAGUAGUUUGGGAGGAAUCAUGCGAACCGGCGGACUGGACCAGGAUGGAGACUCCGUCCAAAACCAAACCGAUGAGUUGAAGUCAAAGAUGUUCCGGCCCCACAGAAUUCUUCAGAGCAAUAAUCCGCACUAACGCACAUAAUCCACAGCACAUCAUAAUACUUGCUCUAUAAGUGACAGAACUUUUGGACCGUGUUUCCGGCCAAGUAGUCUUCGAAAGAGCAAUAUAUAUAGUGAAGAUAAAAUGUGAAACCUCCAAGCUGUACCACAAAACCUCUCGGCACUUGCUAAACUCGACAGAAACUAUCUGUUAAAAAGUAACCGCUUUUACGGUACGAGGGUCGUCAUCAAAUGAUGACGACGUGGCCGAAACAGGGUUAUCGUUCAUUCAAGGAAACAAAAAAUGCUACUAUUGCGAGAAUCUCCUUCGGAACCAUUUCAAACGAAACUCGGCACAACAUAAAAGAUACCCCGCACUUCGGCAUCGAGCAGUGAUGAGGUUUACAUGAAUUGGGCACGCCGGAGUAACAUCUCAACAGGAGGUACGCAACAAAUGAAUGACACCUCUGGUAUUUGUCUGCUGGGUAUGAGAUCAAACUGUACCACGUAAUGAAAGAAAUGAAGGUUGGACCUGAUCGUUUUAGCCGAGGCGAUAAGUUGCACGGUCACUAACCCCAGAAUAUCCAAUAUGCUGUUAUGCUGCCAUGAACACAACGACUAAAUGUUGUGAAACUGGACUAUUUAAUGAUCGUGGAGUACUCUUUUCUGGGGCACAUCGCGCACGGUAGGCAAUUUUUAUCAAGUAAUAACUAGCCACAUGAUGUGUGCCACUGCAGAGUAUACUAACAGGUUGGCACAGAGUCUCGUAAUAUAA